AUGUUCCACCAUAAAAAGACCAUCGCCGAGGGCGACCUUGUGCUGGCGUACAUCGGUCGAGACAACCUGAAACCCAUUUUCGUCAAGAACGGCGACGUUCUGCAGACAAAAUACGGAAACUUUCCGCACACAGACAUGAUCGGCAAGCCCUUUGGGUCCCAGGUGACAUCUGCGAGAAACGUCGGGUUCAUCUACCUGCUGCUCCCCACGCCGGAGCUGUGGACCGUCUCGCUUCCGCACAGAACCCAGAUUGUCUAUACGCCAGACUCCUCGUACAUUGUCCAGCGAAUGAACGUUGUGGGGGGCAGCAGGGUGAUUGAGGCAGGAACCGGAUCGGGCUCGUUCACGCACGCUUUCAGCAGAACCGUGGGCCCUGCUGGGCGGGUUUUCUCCUACGAGUUCCACGAGCAGAGAUAUAUCCAAGCGAAAAAGGAGUUUGAGAGCCACAAGCUUGAAAACGUCACGCUCACGCACAGAGACGUUUGCAACGAGGGAUUCGACAUAGACACGGAAGUUAACGCGCAGAUGGUGUUUCUGGACCUCCCGUCGCCCUGGGAAGCGAUACCGCAUCUGUCCAGAGCUAUUGCAAAAGACCAGACCGUCGGGAUCUGCUGUUUCAGUCCCUGCAUCGAGCAGGUGGUCAAGGCGGUGGAAGCACUGCAGGAGUGUGGCUGGACGGCGAUCGAGAUGACCGAGGUGCAGGCGAAAAAAUGGGAGGCCCGCAAGGAGAUGGUGCGUGAGCUGGACGACGCGAUCGAGCGGCUCAGAGACGUGAAAAGACGGCAGAAGGAGGGGGCAGAGCUCAAGAAGCUGCCACCAAAGAGAGACGCAGAUGGGAACGAGAAAGACCGCGGAUACAACCCGUUCGGCAAGGGCAAACGCAUUGCCGAGGGAGACGAGAGCUUCCAGUGGCAGAACGUUUCCAAGACGGGGCCCGAGCUGAAGACACACACGUCCUAUCUGCUGUUUGCUCGCCAGGUGCCGGUGCUCGGUGCAGGGAUGUGA